AGUUUUGUAUUGACAGUUGUUUUGUUUUAUGUUUUGGAGAAUUUACUUUUUGAUUUUCCAUAACCGUAAUCUGUGUUAACAAGUGUGAUAAAACUGAAUGUGAUUUUAAAUAUUUAUAAUGGGAGACACAGAUAAAAGUGGUGGUGAUCCAGGAGCUUCCACAGCAACCAAAUCACCUGGAGGAAGACAAAAGUUGUCACAAUUCUUGGCUGAAAAACGGAAGAGGAAAGUUGAACUUGGGCAACCAGUUGCAUCGCUCAAAGAUCCUUACGAACUGGCAAACAAUUGUAUAACAGUUGCUCCAAGUAAAACUGGGUUUAUUCAAGAGGAAAGCUCAAGCCACUAUUGUAUAUGGGAUCCUUUAUACCCUGAAAACAUUGAAAGAGUUGCUUGUGCUGAAAGAAGGAUUAAUGCCUUGGAAUUAAAAGAUCGAUGUGUACUAGUACCAAGGUUACAUUUUUCUACAGAAGUAUUGUUGAAGAAACAUACACCUGAAUUAUUAGAAAAGCUCAAAUCAACUAAGGAACUUUCUGGGGAAGAUUUACGAACAUUCUCGUCUAAAUAUGAUGCUGUGUAUUUUACCCAGCAAACAUAUGAUUCUGCAAUAGCAGCUGCCGAAUCAGUAUUAUCAUUAACUCAAGAAGUAAUGACUGGCAACCUCAGAAAUGGAUUGGCCUUGGUUCGUCCACCUGGUCAUCACGCAAUGAGUAACGAAUUUUGCGGAUACUGUUUCAUAAACAAUGUAGCUAUAGCAGCUGAAAUGGCACUUUCAUCAGGCCAUGCCAAGCGAGUCUUGAUUGUUGAUUAUGAUGUCCAUCAUGGUCAAGCAACACAACAAAUGUUUUAUGACAGGAAAGAUGUUCUGUAUUUCUCAAUUCACCGUUAUGAACAAGGAACAUUCUGGCCAAACUUAAGAGAGAGUGACUUUGACUACAUUGGUGAAGGGGUUGGAACUGGAUAUAAUAUAAAUAUUCCAUUGAAUGCAACAGGGCUAAGUGAUUCUGACUACCUUGCCAUCAUAUUAAAUGUGCUUCUUCCAGUGGCAUACCAAUUUAAUCCAGACUUGAUAAUUGUAUCAGCAGGCUAUGACUCAUGUAUGGGGGAUGAAAAGGGUGAAAUGUUAGUUACUCCUGCGUUUUACGGCCAUCUAAUUACACUGCUAUCUGGAUUAGCUAAUGGAAGACUUGUAGUGUGCCUGGAAGGUGGAUAUUUUCCAGAGUCUUUAGCAGAAGGAGUUGUUUGCUCAUUGAAAGCUCUACUAGGCGAUCCAUGUUACCCACUUAGUAUUAAAGAAGUACAUCCUGAAGUAAUAAAUGUGAUAAACAGUGCUAUUUACUAUCUACGUAGAACUUGGGAUGGUUUGAAUCUUAUGGAUUCUUUUUCCUACCCAAAGAAUGGUGUACCUCUUAAAGCAUGUCUUAGCAUAAACAGUGAAACCGAGCAUUUGUCUAAAGUAAUAUAUCGUUUUACUCCUCAGCCAACUACUGUAUAUGAAACUAUGGGAUUUUAUCCCGUGAGGAGUGAGAUGGAAAUUUUGAAGUACACAAAAAUGAUCGAAGACCUACGAACUGCUUAUGCCUCAAUCUACAAUGUUUCUCAUGAAGUUGGAUACGUAUACGAUGAACUUCUGCUCAAGCACAAAUCUAAAAUUACGACAGGUAAAGAAGUUCCAGAGAGACCGGAACGUAUCACGGAAAUAAUAAAGACUUUUGAUAAAUUUGGACUGCUAGAACGGUUGAAACAUAUUAAGGAUGAUCAAGUUGACUGUGAAGCAUGGAUUCAAAAGGUCCAUCAUGUACAAUACAUAGACAGAAUCUUGAGACUGCAAGACCUUCCUGUUCAACCUGAUUGGUACCGGAAUGAAUUUACUGCUGAUUGCGUAUUAAAAUGUGUAUCUUGCAUUCUUACACUGAUUACCAAUAUCCAGAGGAAUAUAGUUAGGUCUGGAGUAGCAGUUGUUAGGCCACCUGGGCACCAUGCGUGCCAUGACGACGGAUCAGGGUUCUGUUUCUUUAAUAAUGCAGUGAUAGCAGCAAAUUAUCUCAUUGAUGUACAUAAAUAUUCACGAAUAUUGAUAGUAGACUUCGAUAUUCAUCAUGGAAAUGGAACCCAAGAUCUCACGUUUGAACGUAAUGACAUAAUGUAUAUUUCCAUACAUCGCUUUGAUAGCGCUAAAUUUUUCCCAUUUUUUAAAAAGGGAAAUGUUGACCACAUUGGCACUGGCCCGGGCGAAGGCUACAAUAUUAACAUCCCAUUUAAUUCGGGGAACAAGACAGAUGCCGACUAUUGGGCUGUCUGGCAUAAACUUGUACUUCCUUUGGCCUACUCAUACGAUCCCCAAUUUGUGAUUGUAUCAGCUGGAUUUGACGCCGCAUAUUUUGAUCCCUUGGGAAACGGCUAUAAAGUUAGUCCUGAAAUGUAUGGACAGUUUAUUCAAACGCUCAAACCUCUAGCUAGCGGAAAACAGCUAAUACUCCUGGAAGGAGGAUACCACCUCGAGAGUACGGCUCUUUCCAUGACUAUGUGUGUUAAAGCACUACUAGGUGAUCCUUUACCAGUUCCAAGAUUUGAUGAGAAGAUAGGAACGGAGACUCGAGCGACCAUUAAAAAAGUCUUAGAUACUCAUAGAAACAAAUGGAGAUUUUUACAAGUUAGCAAAAACAUUGCGAACUUUUCAUGUACUGAUGCUCAAUACCAAUCACUGGAGACGGCCUUAGAAGAAGAAAUCAACGCAAGGGGAUCUGUUGAAAGUUUUAGGAAAAAAAUUCCGGCGGUCAUUAAGAAUUAAGUUAUGUUUAAUACAAGUUCAAGUUAACAGUUAAUUAAUAGAUUAACUAUUCAAAUUUGUUUCAAAAAUGGUUGCUAUAGUAACUGUCUAAAAGACGGCCUAAUUAUUUUUUUAUUUCAUAACAAACUGUUUUUAAUAAUAUUUAAUUGCAUAAUAAGCGGGUUAUAUCAGAGGGUACAAAUAAUUAAUAUUGCAAAAAGGCAUAUUCCUAUUAAAUCGCCUUUUUCAAUUUACUCUGUACAAACCGAUAUUUAUUUUCAUAAUAAUAUACUAUAAUGUUCCUUAAUAUUCCGGUCAAUAUAGACAUUUAAAAUAACAAAAAUUCCCGGAAAGCCAAAUUUUGGUGGAGAGCUGGUGAUGUUUACCAUUACAAAUAAAGUUUUAAAAAUCCCCAUCGAUCCUAUGUGUGCAACAAAAGUUAUUUGGGGUCAAAGGUCAAAAUUUGAUAUUUUUUGGAUUUCUCUCGAAAAAUUAAAACAUAUUUUUAAUUUUAUCAAAAAAAACCUCAAACGAAAGUUGUAGAUCUUAAAAUUUUCUACAAAAAUAGUCUACGAUUUUUUUCCUAUGAGUUGCCAUUUCUGAGAUAUCGUGAUUUUAAGAGUCACAUUAUAUAUGAUUGCACACAUUUCCACACCACCUGUGAGGUAGUGUGCUCGGCGUGUUUUUUUACCGUGAUUUCCCCUGUAGGCCUAUUCCACUGUUAUGACAAUUUUAGGAUAAUUUAAGGGAACAAUACCCGUUAAGUUCUAGAUAUUACCUUAUUAUUGAUAUUGCUAAUGAUUAUUAGGUUAAUUAUUGUUUUGAUUUCUUUAGAUAUUUUAAUCAUAUUCAUAUUAUUGAAAGUCUACUUCAACAGAUUUCUUCCUCUUGCUGGAUAUUCAAAGAUUCUUCAAAUGUGGCGCAGUCAUUUGUCUCUUCAUUAAAUCUCUGUAAUAAUAAUUCUACUGCCAUACUUCAACUUCAAUCGUAUUUUUAUAGUUUUAGGAUAAUUUAAGGGAACAAUACCCGUUAAGUUCUAGAUAUUACCUUAUUAUUGAUAUUGCUAAUGAUUAUUAGGUUAAUUAUUGUUUUGAUUUCUUUAGAUAUUUUAAUCAUAUUCAUAUUAUUGAAAGUCUACUUCAACAGAUUUCUUCCUCUUGCUGGAUAUUCAAAGAUUCUUCAAAUGUGGCGCAGUCAUUUGUCUCUUCAUUAAAUAUCUGUCAUCUAAAGCUACAUCUUGACAAACAUUUCUUAAUUCAUGCAACGAAAACUGGCAAUCAUCACUCGUUUUUAUGAAUUGAAACAUUUUCUCCAUCGCAGAGUUUACAGUUUCAUCUUGUGGACGGCCAAUUUUACCACCAGUAUUAGGUUUUAAGAAAGAUUUGUAACAACUGUAAUGGUGUUUUGCAUCAGCAGCGACUAAAUCAUACUCAAAAUUAAUACGUUCUGAACAGCCUUUGAAACAUCAUCAGAACGAUCUUUAGCUAAUUUCAACAGGGAUUCUUUGAAUUUUAGUUUAGUCACGUUACAAUUUUUUUUCGAAGAUGCUGUGUUUUAUUUUUCUCAGUUUCUUCAUUGGCUUCAUUGCCACAAAAUAAACAGUAUAAACUUACGUGCAUAGAAAUCGGCCCACUUAAAAACUUGCUCGUUUUUGAUGUCUCAUAUUUCCAAAACCUGUUGACCGAUUUAAGUGAUUUUUUGAACAUGUUAUAGCCUGAUUUUUUAACAAUACCACUGUAAUAAUAUUGUUGCUAAACAGGUAAAUUUUAAUUGUAUACCGGGUGUACCAAUCAGACUGUGUUUUUUUCUCAAAGUUCUCAUCACCCUGUGGAAUAUUCUAGCAUUUAUAAAAUACUGAGAUUAAAACCCAACUAUAGCCUCAGGUUUUCUUAACAUUCUGUUUUUUGAUUCAUUCGUUUAUGUUGGAUAAUAAAAAAUUAGGUACUUCAACAACUAGACAUGUUCUUCAUCAAUACACGGUCUUUCUAAAUAAGUGAGACAAACUUUAAGGGGUAAUUCUGCAUGAAAAAAUAAUGACAGUUGGCUUUAUAAACGUAUGUCCGCAAAUGUUUCAUUUCUGAGAUACGGGAUGUUGAAUUUUUUCUUACAAACUGACGAUUUAUUUUAUUGCUUUAAAACCGGUUGAGAUAUGCCAAUGAAAUUUGGUGGGUUUUAAGACGUAGUUAUUGCAUAUUUUUUGACAUACAAUUAAGAAUUUAAUAUUUCGCAUUAGCGCGCAUACGUGUAAUAUGACCGAUCAUAUUACCCGUAUGCACGCUAGUGGUGAAUAUAAAAUUCUUAAUUUUAUGUCAAAAAAUGUGCAAUAACUAUCUCUUAAAACGUACCAAAUUUCAUUUGCAUAUCUCAACUGGUUUUAAAGCAAUAAAUAAAUUGUCAGUGUGUAAGAAAAAUUUCAACAUCCCGUAUCUAGGAAACGAAACAUUUGCGGACAUACGUUUAUAAAGCCAAAUGUCAUUACUUUUUCAUGUAGAAUUACCCCUUAAAGUUUGUCCCACUUAUUUAGAAAUACCGUGUAUUGAUGAAAAACAUGUCUAGUUGUUAAAGUACCUAACUUUUUUAUUAUCCAACAUAAACGAAUGAAUAAAAAAACAGAAUGUUAAGAAAACCUGAGGCUAUAGUUGCGUUUUAAUUUCAGUAUUUUAUAAAUACUAGACUAGAAUAUUCCACAGGGUGAUGCGAACUUUGAGAACAAAACACAAUUUGAUUGGUACACCCGGUAUACAAUGAAAAUUUACCUGUUUAGCAAUAAUAUUAUUACAGUGGUAUUGUUAAAUAAUCAGGCUAUAACAUGUUCUAAAAAUUACUUAAAUCGGCCAACAGGUUUAGGAAAUAUGAGACAUCAAAAAUGACCAAAUUUUUAAGUGGGCCGACUUCUAUGCAGGUAAGUUUAUUAAUUUUAAAACAAAAAUUUGAUUCUCUUACUCGCGUUCUAGUAUGAGGUGCACUUAUUUUUUAAGUACUAGCCUGUUCGUCCUCACGUUGUCUUUUUACUGCAGCGAUUGAAGUUUUCCGGGUGUAUGAUUUUCUGCAAUCCACGUGUAUUGUAACGGAUUUUCGAGUUCUUAAAUACUCGGUAAACUCAUCACCUCUCGCGACACUAGCCUCGAUUAAAUUUAGCAUUUCACGAUGAACCACAACUAUUUUAUCUACACUUAAAAGUUUAUUGCAAAUAAAGCAAAAUUGAGACAUUUUUUGGAGCUAUAAAAUAGCACAAAUAUACUAAAUUGCAGACGCUUGUAAUAAGUACUUAUAUUUACUUGAACUGAACCUUUAGCAUUAAACGAAACAGGUAGAUGAACAAGACCUACGGAUAACAGUAUAGGCAUUGUUUAAAAAAGACAAUAUCUUCUUUUUUAAACAAUGGUAUAGCCAAAUGUUUUUCAAGGCCACGUGGAUAGAGGAAAUUCAGUCGGGGACUGAUUUAUCUUUUGAAUAAAUGUUUUCAGAAUAGUAUAAUAUAUUAUAUAAAAAAGACACAAAUAUGCAUUUAUACUUGUCUUAAAUGCCUGAUUUUGUAUAUACGUGCCUUAUAUGUCCAUAUCAUCUAUAAUGUGACUAGUAGAAUCGCGAUAUCUCAGGAAUGAUAACUCUUAGGAAAAAAAUCGUAAAAACUAUUUUUGUAGAGAAUUUUAAGAUCUACAACUUUGGUUUGAGGUUUUUUUUUGAUAAAACUUACCGUUUUCGAGAAAAAUCCGAAUUUUUGUUAUUUGACCACUAUUUGUAUGUCUAAGUUGACCGGAUUAUAAAUAUGUUAGUUAUAAUGUUGAACUACGUUUUAUAUUUGUUAAAUUUUAAUAAAGGUAGUUUUUUAAA